AUGGGAAACGACCUCGCAGCCGCAGACGGUUCGUACCCAGACUAUCUUCCGUGGAGCGACUUUCAAGACGAGCUAGACAGAUACCCGAGCACUGUUCAGCUCACCAGACAGGACACGUCCCUGUGCGCCAUUCCCAAUUUUGCCAAUAUCCCGUCUCCUUCAGAACUGGUAGUGGCGUCGUCCAGGACUUCCAUCAACACCCCAGAGACUAGCGUAAUGUCACUUGAAUACGCAGCGGUGCCGGGCACCAGGGAUUUUGCUACGGCAGUUCACUCAGACAGCGCGGUACCCGAGUUUGAAGCAGUCGUCCUUGCCGAAGCUGAGUGGAAUCUGGCGCGUUGCAACCCACCACCACCGCCUGGACAUUGCCCGAAAACGGCGGUUGUUCACCUCCGAAUCCUAGAGCAAAAGUCAAAACAGGAAGACACGUGGAGCGCUUUGGAAGAGUAUCUGGAGAAGGUCGAGGGGGACGCGUCUGACUUGGCGCCGGUAGUGCCUAUAAGUUCCUGCACCCGGGACAAGUUGCUCGCCAUCACCCAGAGCUUCUUGCAUAAAGCUCUAGAAAUCCACCGGAGGGGGCAUAAUAGCUGCAGGAAGAGCGGGUAUUGCAGCCCCGGAGACUGCAACUUCAUAGUCCUACCCCCGCCGAAGAUCCUCGAGUACUUCUUACGGAGCUAUCUACGCAGCCUUACAGUUUACUACCCCCUGGUAACUGCUGGCUGUGUAGAUCCAAACGAGAUGCUACAAGACAACCAGGCAUCGACGCUUCUGGUGCUGCUCAUGAUUGCCCAGGGAGCUGCAGCUAUGCCACUUCAGGAAGCUCGUUAUCUCUCCGCGGGCCUGACGGAAACUUGCCGCAUAUCCCUCUUUGACAUUGUUGAGAAGGAUAUGGGACUGUCGGCAGAUCCCACUACCCUUCGCUGUGCGCUCUUAUUUCUUGUCCUUGGCGCUUGGAGCGGGGACAAAUGGCUCAUGGACAUCGCCAUGGGCCAGCGGGGCAUGUAUAUGUCGACUGCGAAGAAUCCGAAGUUCGAUGACAAUGCAAUAAAUUCCGAGGUCCAAUGGCGCGCCUGGGUUGAGCGUGAGACUCGGCACAGACUGGUUUACAACUACGUCAUGCUGGACCAGGAGCUCAGCCUUUUCCAUGACACCGCGCCUCUGUUUGCGAUCACGGAGCUUCAAUGCCCCCUCCCAGCCCCUGAAGUACUCUGGAUGUCGGCCGACUCGGCGCAAUGGCUUGGUGCAAUGCAGUCAUUAAACGUCUGUACAGUCAAUGGCACCCAGCCGAUUUUCAGCACCGCGCCUGCUGCGCAAUCUCUCCAUGGACUUUUCCAGGAGUUCCUCCAAGAUCACCCCUUGAUGGGACAGGCCGGCCUUUCUCCGCAGCACUUAAGGUUGCUUCUACAUCCACUUCAGGCAAUGGUCUGCCAUUUGCGCCAGAUGGUGUCGUGUUUUUCCGACGUUUUUAGCACGCCGCACCCCGCUGGCUGCCCUGUGACCAAGGAAUCGAUACUUCACCGGUUGGACGAGGUGCAGGCGUUAUUGCAGAAAUGGUACGACAUCACCAUGAACUACAGCAAGACCAACCCAGGGUGUCCAGCUACCCAUUGCAACUUGAUCAUGUACCAUCUGGUUUCUCUCAACACGGUAGCUGACUUCUCCGAGAUCGAGAGGUUAGCACGCCGCGAGGAGUUCGGUGGUCUGCAGUGGGAAUUGCCAAUUCGCCACGGGAAGUGCAUCUUUCAUCGCCAAAAAGCCAUCAUUCACUGUGGUCAGGUCAUCCGGCUCCUACGUCUGAUGCCCAAGGAAUGCAGGCCAGCGUGGUGGCCAGCGGCCAUGUACCGGGCUAUGCUGACUCUAUGGGCCGACAGCAUAUCAAGGGUCGAUCCUAAUGCCCGGGGAGAUGAACAUGGGAAUAUUGGAUCUCAGGAGUCUGUUCUGGUCAUGAUUGAUCAGCUAACUCUCGAGCAUCCGGCACUUAUCAACUACCUGUGGAGCGGCAAUGGAAUGCCCUUGUUGACGCAACCGAGGGGUACACAAGUUGGCUUGGAUGAUCCAGGACGUCUCCUUACCUGUGCUAUCAACGACAUUGAAACCUGUUAUAGCUCGAGAAUUGGGGAGGGUAUCAAGCGGAAGUUGAUCUCCUUAGGGAAGAAUUGGAAUCUGGAAGUGUCGGUGUUGUCACCGUCUGGUGCUGGAUGUUAG